AGCGGCAAGUGAAGCAACUGUAGCGGCCACACCGGGACAACCAACACCAAAACACACAACUCAUUCCCUUCGGCUGAGGACCUCUUCUUAAUAUUCUCCACGAUGAGUAGCAAAGUUGAAACAUAUCUCACGGAGAAAAAGAACUCAUCUCCAGCCGAACUCUCGAAAAAGUUCGGAGAAAUGGAAGAGUUUUAUAAUAAAAAGUUAUGGCACCAGUUAACCCUGGCUCUUCACAAGCUGGUGAAGGAGCCAUCUAUGCGAGAAGGUACAGAACUCAUCAAAUUGUACAACAACUUGAUCAUUGAGCUGGAAAACAAAAUUAACCCGCUGUCCCUAGCCCAAAUAGCUGGAGAUGUCAUCACACAACACACAGAUCCUAAUGAAGCUAUCACUUUCAUUGAAAAGGUUGCUCCUAAGGUUGUUGACCAUCAAGAAGCAAAAGUUCUUUGCAAUGUACUUAUUGCACAGAUAACCUUGGCACGACUGGAAGAUCAACCAAGGACAAAAAAAAUAUUGGAUGAAACAGAGAAAAUGCUAGAUGAGAUUGAUGGAGUUACACCUGUACAUGGAAAGUUUUAUCUUUUGGCAUCAGAGCUAUACUGCCGUAGUGGAGCUCAUUCCGAUUACUAUAGAGCUGCCCUCCGCUACCUUGGCUGUACAGAGGUGGAUGACAUGGAUGCUGACAAGAAGAAUAAACAAGCAUUUUAUCUUGGACUUGCUGCUCUCUUAGGUGAUGGCAUCUACAAUUUUGGAGAACUGCUUGCCCAUCCAAUUCUGGAAGCACUUAAAGGAUCAUCUUCUGAAUGGUUGCUAGAUUUGCUGCUGGCCUUUAAUCAGGGUAAUAUAAGCAAGUUUGAAGCCAUGAAGCCACAGUGGAGCACUCAGCCAGACUUACUUGCCAAAGAAAACCAAUUGCGAGAGAAAAUCCGUCUUUUGUGUCUGAUGGAGAUGACGUUCCAGCGUAAGGCUUGGGACCGUCAACUGACAUUUGCAGAGAUUGCCCGGGAAACAGGGUUGCCCGAGAACCAAGUUGAAGUGAUGGUGAUGCGUGCACUGUCACUUGGUCUUGUUCGCGGUACCAUUGACCAAGUUGACAACAAAGUUAACAUAACCUGGGUUCAACCUAGAGUCCUUGACAAAAAACAGCUGGCAUCAAUGAUGGAGAGGCUGACAGACUGGUGUAAAGAUGUCAGUAGUAUGCAGAAUCUCCUACAAGACCAAGCCAGCACAAUUCUCACUUUAUAAAUUUUUUAGCUCCAUAAGUAAAUACAUCUCGAUAACAUUUGCAUUCAUGACUAGUUGCAAAAGAAAUUCGUGCUUUCUUCUGCAACUGUUUAAAAGUUGGAAGAAAUAUUUAAAGUACUGUAAUGCUAAUUCAUUUUUUAUCAGGUUAUUUAUAUUUUUGGGUGGGUUUAUAUUUUUGGGUGGAAUGGGGGAUGAUAAUAUUUACAUUAUUUAUCAUAAGAAGCAUUUCAGAAAUAUCAGGUAACAAAAUAAACAAUGAAACUGUUGAUAUUUAAAAUAUUCAAGAUUUAUAAUAUUUUUUAUUUUGUGUAACUUAUGUAUUGCUUUGAAGAAUAAAUUUGUUUUCGUAUGUAAA